AUGCCCAAUUCUCAUGGAAUUUCGGGAGUUUUGACUUCGACUGUCGAGACUGAGCACAUCAAAUUCGGGUUCCUACAUCGGCGACGCGGAAUUAGUGAAAAUGCCGAAAAACUGGUAAGAUUCUGAGUUUUUUGUUGUAUUUUAGGUAACACAAGAAUCUUCAUCGUCUAUUUUAUAGGUCUAUCUGUCAUUUAGUGCUUGUUUUGGAAUGAAGUGUUUUUGAUGUUUGUGUAUUCUGUGUUGUGCAAUUUUUUAAUUUUGAAAAUUGUGCUGAGCCGAAUCCAAAAAUUUAAAAAACGACGAAUUAGAAAAAUACAGAGAUAUUAAAAAACAUAUAAAAUGCUUAUAACAAUUGUUUUCUCUUUCAGUUGGUCUACAACCCGACAUUUCACUGGUAUUUGGGUAGUCUGCCACUGCCUAUGCCAUCUCGUUACCAAAUAAGGCACAUAUUGUCGAGAAUUGACAAUGCGCCCAAGUAUUCGACUCAUCACAUCCUAAGGUACGAUGAAGAGACGUUGCCACACCCAAGACCGGUUGUGCAGUUCACAAAGAAGUAUUUGGGCAGUGAUUGCAUGUAAGUUACUUCAAGUUUUCGUUAGUAUUACCAUUACAGAGUUCAAAGCACGUGUAAAAAGUACGGUACGCGGGUUCAAUUUCGAAUAGACACUUUCGGAAUUGGCGAUGACAACUUUUAUUUGUGCCGUUUGUGCAUCGUAUCAAUACUGGACAUUCCGAAGCCGGUGCCACAGAAUCUGCCGGAAAUCAAGGACAAUAUUGCCAAAUGGGACAUUAAAAAUGGCGUUGUACAGGUAAUUACGGCAGUUUUUGGGAUUUGAUCCGUGUAAGAGCGUAAAAUGUCAAGAACUUUUUUUAAAAAACAAAAAAUGGCAAGGACUUUCUUUACAACUUUCUUUUUCAGCCAGAAUCCGACGAAGUAGACUACAGUAACAACGCUCCAUCUACCUCAAAGUCAAAAGUGGUACAAAUCUUUAUAGCCAAUGGCUCAAUCUCGCUUACUGCGCCAGUAAACCCAACUCUACCUCAACGAUCGUACAAAUUCAAUCCGUUUCGAAGUACAAAUGGUCUUUCUAACAAUGGGCGAAGCUCUAAAAUAGUAUUGAGCUGCUUGGACUACAGUGAGAAGCAGAUGUUUGUGGACAGAAGAAGACGACGGUGUCAUAGUUUGGAAUUUAUACGACAGAAUGUCAAAAUAUAUUGUCAAUGUGAGAAGCCAAUCAAGGUGAAGAGAGUUUUGAGAGGGAAAGGGCGUGGGAAUGAAGGUGAAGAUGAUGAAAGUGAUGUUAAAGGUCGUAAUGGAAGCAAUAGGACGGCAGAGCAAGAUGACGGUAUUGUUGGGCGUUCUGAAGGAGUUGUGGAUAAUGAUGCUGGCGUUAAUCAUGUUAAUGAUGACGUUAAAUCUAAAGACGUGGUAAAGAGUAACUUGAGAAGUAAUGAUGGAGGUAUGGGUUCUAACGGCUCAACAGAAGCUUCUACGUCUUCUAAGCUAUCUACAGAGGUGUCUACGGUUUCUAAAGCGUCUACAGAAGGUUCGAAGGUACUUAAAGUUUCUACAGAAUUUUCUACAGCGUCUGAAAGCCAUCUUACUGUUGCUAGGGCACCAGAAGAUCAAGUAGGUGUUACUACAGGUUCUGAAGGUCAUGUUGAAGUUGUUAUAAUUUCUGAUGAGCCUACAGAAGUUUCUGCGGUUUCUGAAAGCUUUGAUGGUCCUUCCAAUGCUUCUAAAUACAGUGCAAUGGAGCCGACGGCUUCAGAAGACCACGCGAAUCUUGUUCCGUCUACAGAUGAGCCAAUGGAUGUUUCUACAUCUCUUGGGGAACCUAUGGAUUGUUCUACAGCUUUUAAAGAAAGUAUAAAGCCUUGUAUGAAUGUAGAUGACAGAAAACCAUCAACAAGCUCAAAAAAUGACAAAACUUCAAGUUUUGAAAGUUCUAAAAAUGAGAAAGCAUCAUCUAAACUAAACCGAAGUAUUGAAAGCACGUCAUGUCGUCCAAACCUUUCAAAAACGUUGACCGUAACUGAAAAAACGACCUUAAAAGAGAUUAUCAAGCAAAAAUCGAUUGAUUGCAAGAUACGACACGCUGUAGGUCCAUUGGUCAAAGAUUCGGUACCGAAUGAUCCAGCUUCCGAAUUACUGUCGAAGAUUAACAAUGCUUUACAGAGUAUGAGUCAUCAGGUUGGUAGUGGUAGUCAAGCUGGUACAGAUAGUAGUGGUCAGGCUGGUACUAGUAGUAGUAUUCAAGCUGGUACUAGUAGUAAUGGUCAAGCUAAUACGAAUGAUAAUGGUAGCUUAAAUACUAUACAUGUAGAACAAUUUUACAGUAGUAAAAGAAGCACGAAAAGAGAGCGGUCCAAGUUUGAAUGUAAUGAAACAAUGAAGGAUGAAAGUAAUGAUUCAAUAACCGUAUCAACUGAUAAUCUUCAUGUUGAGUUCGUAUUAAAUCAAGCUCAAAAAAUGCUUUCAAAAGAAUCUAUAAGGUCUGGAAACCAAGAACCUACGUCAAAGUCAGAAGAAUCUGAAGCAGGACCUUCAAAAAUAUCGAUAUUGAAUACUGCUUCUACAUCAGCAAUAGCAUCUGAUGUCGUGUCAAGAAGCGAUAUUACUUCUGUAACAGAAGCUGAUGUCAUACCAAGAAACGACAGUACUAGAAAAAGUAGCAAUAACGGAUAUUGUUACAGUAUUAUUGCGUAUCCAAUGGAAAAAGUAUCGUACAGUACUAAAACUCAUUCAGCAGAAUUACAAAGGGUACUUGAAGGUCAACAGAUAGUACAAAAUCCGAUGAUAGUACCGAAGAAUCAACAGGUAGUUCAAGAAGACGACAGAGAUACAGAACAAGAAGAUCAAUUUGAUAGAACCCCUAGUCCUGACCACAAUAUUGGCCAUACUGAUGGUGGUAACACGGUAUCAGGUGAAGCAAAACAAAUGAUUGUUACAUCACUAUCAACAACCAUAUCUAAAAGACAGCAAAAUGAACAUGUUGUUGUACAUGUUAUUCCAAACAAUAUCAACCACCCUUCUUCAACUUUAGAAUUAACUACUCCUACUUCAACUACUACUACUACCACUAAUAAUGUAACAAACAUUACUGAAGAAAAUAGCGCAGAUGAACCUAUGGAAAUUAGUAGUAUGAUCCCAGAAACAGGUACUGAAUCAAAUUUGUCCAGUAAUAUUGAUGAAGAUAGUAAUGAUCGCUUCAUGAGGGAGCAAACUGAACGUAACAAUCAGUUACUGACUACUUUAUCGACUGUUUUUCAUGCUGAGGAAGUCUUGAGGCCAAAAUAUAAGUCGGCUUCUGGGUUUUCAAAAGCUGUUCUAAAUGGAACUAUUAAAGGUGGUACUAAUGGUACUACUGCUACUAGUCAGAAAAAUUGUAAAAAUGUGAAAAUUAAACACGGUAUAGCUACUGAUAAUAACGAGCUGUCAAAUGGCACUGCUUUUGGACUAGCACUUGGUAAUGUCGGUACAUCUAUUACGGAAGAUAUGACAAGCCUUUGCGAUCAACUUCAAAAAGUCGUAAAAAUUCAUUGGAAGUGUCGUAAAACGGCUACAGAGCUACAAUCACGGACAUACGAAGACUUCUGCCUUUUCAAAGACAAGGUUAAUAUACGACCGAGCAAGUUUGACCAAUUUCGACCAAUCAGAAGACCAAAAAAGGCGAAAAAACGAAAAAUUGAACAAAACUUGACAAACAGUAAGACUCAAAAAGUGGCACCAUUUGUGGAAUUCACUUAUGAACCUCCGAACAUCAACGCCACGGCCAAGGAACGGUACGCCGCGGCCAGGAAACAGUUUGUUGGAAUCAUGUCAAACUUUAAUACCUUGAAUCUGCCAGCCACUACACAUAAUGUGAAUUUGAUCAAAAUGAAAAAUUUCACUAGUGUUUGGAUUGAAAGAUUACUGUACUUUGAGCCGACUUUGUAUAGGAAAACGGCUGAUGAGAUUGUUCUGAUGGAAGCUGUGAAUGAGAAGGUAAGGCUGGAUACCUUUACUUCCUUUUACCAUAGCCAUAGUUGUUAAAACAUUAAAAAACGUAAAAUUAUGAAAUAAAGAAAAAAUGCAAAAAUUAUUUUUAAAAUUUCAGUUAAACGACCUAGUGUACCGCCUAAAACUUUGUCCUCCAGACUCUGAAAUGUUCAUCAGUAGUGAUGAAAUCGCUUUCUUUGAAGCGGCUGCCCGACCAAGAAAUCUUAAUUAA